GCAGUGGGCUAGGGGAGCCUGGAUGGUGGCAGCGGCAGCAGCAUAGCACGGGGAAGCUAGAGAGGUAAUGCAGAGAAGGAAUGGGUGGCCCAUAUGUGAGAAUGGCCCUGGGGACAAACACGUUGUUUGGAGGUUGAAGGUUGAGGCAUUGGGGAAACGGUUGAGACGGUUGAGGUCCUUUCUAUGAGGUAACGGUGUAACGGACUGGUUCGGCCUUGCCCGGGUUUGGGUUAGGGUUUAGGUGGUUUUCAUUUUGGGGCCCAAAGCAGUUCUUGAGGAAUCCUUAGCUGAUACGAUUAGGAGGAUGGUACAGGUGGGUAAUGUCUUGCUGUUUGUCACAUAGCCCCAGCUGCAAGGGUAGCUGUACCCCGUACGGAUGUUGUAAAGUUUAGAUAAUGUGCGGAGCGACUAUGGCAAUACUGCUCAUCUGUAACAGAGAUAAUCUUGAGAAUAUAUAGCUUGCGCUGCUUAGCUUCCAAGAAGGCUUCCUGAGGGCAUACUUAUCGCGGUUCUAACUGACUUGCCUCGGCGAUGGCACCGCUGCAUAAAAACGCUACGCCAUGGGGUAUGGAGUACAGCGUUCAUGGCGUGCCAGCCUCGAUGAAGCGCGAAAUCCAGACUGUGUUCCCCACUGUUGAUCUUGAGAAGCUCCUGAUUGUGCCAACAUGCCAGCGAUCGACGGUGGACCUUGUUAAGACGGGCGAGAAUGUUGAGAAUGAGAAGGACCGCUUGCUAGAGCGGUUUAUGGCUUGGGCGAAGACAGUUUGCGACCAGCUAACUUCCGCUGGGCACUGGGCUGACUACAUCGACCCCUGCUCUGGCUUGCCGAUGGUCCACACGGAUCUCAACACCGUGUACCCCGAGGUGGCAGCCCUCAGCAUCCUCCUGGGCUACCAGACCGCCAAUGCAGGCUGCUGCAAGGUGCUGCUGCACCCCGACUGGGGGAGCGCCGUGUACCCCGCCUCGCUCUUCACGGAGGCGCCACAGGAGGCGCUGCUUGCAGCCAUUGAGACGGCCAAUGCGGCGCAGAGCGCGUAAGAGCGCUUGGCAAUGUGGCAGUGUGGGGCAUGUGCGCUGUGCAACAUCUUGUGCGAGAGGAGGGCUUGCGGGGAUGGGCAGUAAAGUAGGUGAUCGUUUUGUGGUAUGAGGUAUAGGGCAGGAGACUGAGUGUGAGGUGCGUUGCUACUAUUAUAUGGCUGGAUAGGUGGGACCUGGUGGAUGUGAGUGGGGUGAGGAUGGAUUGAAGGAUGGCAAGCGGUUGGUGAAGAAGUUUGUGCAAUCGUGAUCCUUAGUAUGAGGGGAUUCAUCUUUUGCAAGAGGGGUUUAGGUGCGCUGGCGCCAUACGGAAACAUUUUAUAACCUGGGCGAGGGAAGAGAGGGAACAUUGUCAGGCUAUGCUAGUGUUGUUUGGUAAUUUCACUUUACAUAUACAACUCCUCUACU